CCGGAUGCCAGAUCAAGGCUUGCUUUCUAUACGCUUUUUUGAUAUCAAGAGCAGUUGCUUGACGUUCAACGCCGAGCAAGUCAUAAUAACAAAUACGCAUUCUGGCCUAUAACAGUAAAGUAUCAAAAAAGAGAAAAAAAGGUUCGGGGCAAAGCUUUUUUUUUUUUUUUGUGUGAAAGAACCCGAUUUUAUGCAGUCACUGGGAAGAGUGAAUUUCCUUUUGCAGAAAAGAUCUCACUGCAUUUCUUUUUGGGUUUCUCUUGGCUCUCUUCGUCUACACCAUUUCCUUUUAAUUAAUGAAGGCAUUAAAUUGGCUACUAUUACCCCUUCUACCGACACUUGCAUUGGCACAGAACUUUCAAUAUGGAACUCGAUUUCCUAAAAAUAAAUUAUAUAAUCUCGAACCACAGACGAUUGGACUGGAUGAGAUUGAUGGAACUAUUGCGGCAUUUGGUGACUUUAACGGCGAUAAGUUCACCGAUGUGUUCAUAUUGAGUGCAGAUCAAACCUCUGUGUCUGUCUAUCUUUGGAACCACGAGGCCUUUACUUUUAAAGCCCUACCAAGUUCGAAAACUAUUCAACCUGGAUUUAUAAUUACUAACGUUGUUCCUGGUGAUUACAAUUAUGAUGGAAAGCUAGACUUGUUAUUAAUGGGGGAACAGAAUCCAGAAAAGAACCCUUCCAAGGAAAUAAAAAUGCAAAUAUAUUUUGGCAACGGCAAUGAUACUUUUGAAUCGGAGACCAUAAAAUUACCUUCAGCACAGGAUUCUUUACCAAUUGUAUUAGACAUCAAUGGUGAUAUGAAAACAGAUAUCCUUGGUUACGCAAAAGAUACUGAUGAACUUUCGAUAUGGAUGAACACCGCUCUGCCCGAAUCAUCAAAUACGUCUUCAUUGUUUAAUUUAACUUCAGCAUCUACUCUUUUCGAUAAAAAGUCUACAGACAAAUGUAUUUGGGCUAACCCACACUCAAAUGCAUUUGUAGAUUUAAAUGGAGAUUGUUUAGCAGAUCUGGUAUUUGUUUGUGGUGCAGCUGGAGGAAAACAAUCAAUUCAAAUUUGGAUGAAUGAUAGAAAAGAUGGUUUUAAAUUGUCCUCCGUGGCGGAUUUACCUACUGGAGCAGGUCCCAUUAGUUUCUCAGAUAUCGAUGGUGAUGGAUCUAUUGAUAUGGUAUUCCCUGUAUGUGCAGGUACCGCUUGUUCAGUUCACGUCGUUUACAACCAACAAAUGGGUUUAUGCUCCAAGUCAAAAGAAAAUAUAGUCAAUUGCAGAAACGCUCGAGACUUGUGCGUGGCCGAUCCAAAUUUUUCAUUUGAUCUCUCUAAGCCUAAUUCCAAAGAUUAUGUGAUUUACGACAUCAAUGCUCAUUUAAGUGAUAAAGAGUUUAUUCGGAUCAUUGAUGGCAAUUUUAGAGGAAAAUUACCUAUUCCGAUCCACACGGGAGAUUAUAACAUGGAUGGCUACCCUGACUUAUUAGUGACGACAAGUGAGCGAGUCAUUCUACUCCAAUCCAUCCUGUGUGAUAGUACACUUUGCUCUGCUAAUGCUGCACUCGCCGAAAGAAGAACCUUCACUGUUAUCACAACAGGCGCCGAGGAUUUAACCAGUAUCUCUAAUCCAAGUCAAGCUGCCUUUUUUGAUAUUGACGAAGAUGGUUCUUUAGACAUGUUGGUGUUACAACGGAAUCUGAAGGAAACAAAUGCAGGUCGUACACCUAAUUUUGUCAUCAACAACUUUUUCAAUGACGCCUUCUUUUUGAAAGGGUUAGUAUCCAACGGUGUCAGUAAUUUAGAGGCGUAUGGUGUCAGCUAUCCCGGUGCCUCAUUAAAAUUCACGGUAUUGGAUACAUCUGGCGUGAAGCGAUCACACCAUAUGACGCAAUUAUCACAAUCAGGUUAUCUCUCACUUCAGACACCUUACUGUCUGUUUGGUUUAGGUAGAACGAACAACUACGUGGAAGAAUUGUUUGCGGGCGUUUCUCGUCAUCAAGAAAAGAAUUACUUUUUCUACGAAGGUGUCAUUCCUAAUUCUCAACUCGUAUUCCUGCCUUACCAACCGGAUCAUGUGCAAGAUAGUUCUUCUUGGAAAGUCGAAUUAUACAUCAAGCCAGCCGAUUACGUGCCUUGGGUUUUAGGUGUACUGGUAGCUGCUUCUGUUAUUCUGGCGAUUGUUGUUGUUGUUUUGCGAACCAUGGAAAAGCGAGAGGAUGAAAUGGAAAGAAGAAAAGCUCUCCAUAUUAUUAACUUUGAUGCCCUGUAGAAAUAAACAAACCCAAAAAAAAAAUAAGGAAGCUCGGUAAAAAAAAAAAAAAUGUGUAUAUAGAAACAUAAAAAAAGACCCCGUCAUUCUUCCUGU